AUGAAUUCUGAAGCUUUGAUUUGCGAAAUUUGCGGACAGGAAGCGCGCGGAAGUCACUAUGGAGCGGUGGCCUGUAGAGCUUGUGCGGCAUUUUUCAGACGCACUGGAACCUCAAAACACAUCAAACCUUGCUCUCGAAAGAAGCAAUGCAAGUUUUUCAAAAACGGAUUUUUCACUUGUAAAUUUUGUCGACUUCAAAAAUGUUUCACAGUCGGAAUGAGCUCGGAAACUUUCCAAUUUGAUCGAGAUGCGUAUAAAGUGAGAGAAAUGGUUCAAUUGGAUAGAAGAAUUCCAAUGCAAUAUCGCGGUGCCAUUCUCAAUAGGAAUCAAUGUGACCUCUCAAAGUGUUUUCAGUAUGAAAUUUCGACCAAAAACGAUUCCGGAACUUACUCAAAUUUUCAGACAAUGGACAUUUUUCUGGGACGCUCGAAUUUCAUCAUUUUCUGUGCUCCUCAAUCACCGGAAUCCUCCGAAAAAUUCAAGAAAAAUUUCAUCGAUGUUCAAUUUCUUCUGGAUGAGGCUCUCACUGUUUUACACCAGGGCUCCGAGACCCCUCUAAUCGCUAGAAAUUCUCUGGGAAAAAUGGCAUUUGGAUUUCGAAAAAUUCAAAAUGAAGAUCAAAUUUUUGAAAAUCUACACAAAAUCCCAGAAUUUGGAAAAACGCAAACUCUGGCACAGUGGGAAUAUUACAUUCUGAAAAUGACAAAAUGGUUGACAUAUUUUGAUGAUUUUCAGAAAUUAGAGCAAAGUUUACAGAAAAAUCCAAAAAAAAAUCUGGUCCAUGUUUUUCAGAAUUUUCAAAAAUUUUCCAAAAAAAACCCUUUAUUGGAAUUUCCUAUCCACCUGAAAAAUCUUUUUAAUUUUGUUAUGUCUAUUUCCAUGAAAAUCUCAAAUUUGCAGUCUGUAAAUUUUGGAAAAAUUUUCAGUUUCAUGGAAAUAAACACUGAAAUUCGUUUGGAUUCCCUAACUCGGGAAAUGAUUCAAUUGGAACCAUCAGAUAUCGAAUUAUCUUUCAUGCUCUCUCAAUUAUGUUUCCAUUAUGUCGGAAAACGAUUUCAAGGAGAAAUUCUCAGAAUAUCCGAAAAAUUCCAAGAGAUUUUGGCUGAUGAUCUACAUGACUAUUAUGUUAAUGAAAUGAAAAAAUCCAAUUAUGGAAGAAUGGCUCAGAUGAUGAGGAUUAAUAAUCAGAUACAGAAAGAUAUAAUUCGGAAUCGAGAGAAAACCGACUUGGCAAUAUUGUUCGAUGUCUUUGAUUUGGAAUUUUCGCAUCCGGAAAUAAUUACCGUAAAACCUCUAAUAGAACGACACCCGGAUCGUCCACUUUGA